UGAAUUAUCUAUGCUGCGCAUGCGCACACCCGUGUUUAGCGUCAGAACUAUAGUCAACAAACAUGUCUACCGCUCCUGCUCCCCAAAACAAUAACGAAGAUCCCGGACUUCAAGGCUCCUGGGUAGAGCUGGAGCUGAAUGGUAAUCCAGGGGCAGAGCGCAGGCAGAGCAGUCUGCUUACAGCACCUGCUGAAGACCAAAUCAACGCAAAUGCAGGCUUGAGUCAAAGUGUCCAGCCUUUAGACGAGGCUGAAAGUGAUGAAACCCUAAUCGGAGGACUGGAGCAUGUACCAUCAUCAUCUUCUAUUCAUAAUGGAGACAUGGAAAAAAUACUUCUGGAUGCCCAGCACGAGUCCAGCCCUAGUAACUCAUCCUGUGAGAGUCCACACAGACCACCAAGUCCUGGGCAGGAUGACGGCCAGAUAAUGUUUGAUGUGGAGAUGUCCAGCCUAAGAGGAAGUCAGUCAGAGGAUGAUCCUUCAGACAAGGACAGAGAGGAGGACAUUCUGAUGAACAAAGAAGUUGAUUGGGUGGCCAACUGGUCCAGUAGGCCUGAAAACAUCCCACCAAAGGAGUUCCACUUUAGACAUCCCAGACGCUCGGUUUCUUUGAGUAUGAGGAAGAGCGGCGUCAUGAAGAAAGGUGGAAUCUUCUCUGCUGACUUUCUAAAAGUUUUCAUCCCUUCCCUGCUCAUCUCACACAUGCUGGCUCUUGGAAUUGGGGUGUACAUUGGGAAAAGAAUCGCUGCAGCAGCCACCAGCUCCUACUGAACCUGAAAAUGAAGCAGUGCCUGGGUGUUUCCAUGUCUCCAAGCCUCCCAAACGUCUCCUGUAGUCAAGCUCUCACUCUCUGUAUCUGUCCUACACCCACAUCCUUCUCUUCCAGUCUGCAUUAACCGGUGUUACACUGUAGAUGUAGUCAUACUGAGUAUGUGGUUGCACUCCAACAGAUUUUGACAUGAUGGGGAAUACCAUAUAUGCAAGCCACCGACUGGAAUCAAGCUGAAAAAUACCAGGAAUUUUGUGUCAGUUGUCAAGUUAAAGUUUCCUUUUGUGUCUUAUGUUAAAGCAUAUGAAAUGUGUCCUUUUUCUUAAGAAAUAUUUUUUUUUUCAGGUAUUCUGAAAAUGAUAAAUUAUGAAAUAACUAAGUUGCUGUGUGAUUACAAUAUAAAAAAACACUGACAACGAGGAACGAGGGAGACAUUUAAUAUCCUGGGAGUUUUUGGAUCUUAAGGCCCACUUCCACAAGAUAAAGACCACCCUACAGGAUCUCUUGAUUGAUGGCGAAUAUGAAAAAUCUAUUUUUGAAGUAUGAUAUUGCUUUACUAGGCUUCUCAGGCAUCAUACGCUCUAGGAUUUCUCUUUACAUACUGCAAAAUUUUCCUAUAAUUGGAGGAUUCUGCACCUCUGUUAGCAAUUUCAGCUUAAGAUAAAAGAAUAAAAAAACAGGGAUCUGAUCAGCAUAUCGGCAGAAUGAAAUUAUGCGUUGCAGGGGCUUUUCUAUACAGAGUGCUGGCCACUACUGAGAGUCCAAUAAUGCACAUUCAUUUUAACCUGUCUCAGCACUUUGGCUGCAUAUCUUAGCAAGUCCUGUCAGAAAGAAUCAUGUGCCCAAAAUUUACAAUCAGUAUUUAUUACUCUUCACUCUAACCUGGUUUCACCAUUUUUUUGAGCCAUUAAGUUUUGUUUUUCUUUAAAUGAGGUGUGAUUAUCAUGAAAAGAUAUUAAUCCUUCAAUAUGUGACUACUUGCACGUUUUUCUCCUCCGCAUUAAAUAUAAUGCCAGGACAUUUAAUUGAUUGAUACAAUAAAACCCUCUGCAUUUAAACUAUAGCCUGGAAAAUGUGCACUUUCACUCAGCCUUAUAUGCACAGUUUGGAGGUGUGUGCGCCUCUUCAGAGCAGGGAACGCUUUUGCAUAGUGAGCAGUUUUCAUGAAACAUAUCCAGCUUUUCUUUUAUUUGUAUGCUGUCACCAAUCUGCAGACUCUCAUAAUUCAUCAAACAUAGUAGGGACUGCUCUGAAUUCUUAAUGCUAGCUUAAGGAUCUUUCCAAGAUAUUUUGGUGACCAAGAGUAUUCUGGUUCAUAUUUAAUGUUGGGGGCCAGUCUUUGUCUAGUGUAACUGGGCUCUAACUUUCAAGGAAUUGGUGUUAAGAGCUGAAUGUUUCUGCACAGCUUUGAUAAUUUUAGAAAAGUCGCACAAUGUAGGAGAUGGAAGUUGUAAUUCGUUGACACCCUCAGAGGGCUUUUGUUUGUUAAAGAUUUACUUUUGCAAAAGGUUGCCAAGCUUAAACCUUAUCCUUUUUUUCCAGUACCCAAAUGUUACUAUAAUUUAUAGGUUUAUUACAGUGACAUCUAGAGUGGAAGGUAAUAUACCAGGCCAUAUGCUACUUUUCUGUAUUUUUUUUCCUCAACAUAUCCCUUUUUUAACGCAUAAGAGCAGUAGCAAAGUGCCAAACUUUUAUCUUUUACAAUUGCACAUGGGUGGCUUAUCUUAGGCUUUCUAAUUUGUUUUGUUUUAUUAUAUAUCUAGAUAUUUAAUAAUGUACUUGUGAAAAAUAACUUAAGCUGUGACCUGCCCCUGCUAUUAACACGUCUCAAUAUUGUAUAACGUGUUUAUACUUUGAUAUUAAUGCAUAGUAUAGGCUGUGUUAUGCAUUGUGGCAGUGUAAGUAUUGUGUUUUUGCUCAGUUGUUAGAGGUGCAUAAAUCACCACCACAGAGGAAGAUAUUUUUUGGGGCUGCUUUUAAAAGUGUUAUCUGAAUUUAAUGUUGGUUCCACUGUACAAUAAGCUCCCCGAAUAUAUAUAUAUAUAUUCAAUCUAAAUCAUAUACAGUGUUUGUGGACCAUCUAUUAUAAUAAUAUAGAAAUCAUCUAUUAAGGAUAACUCAAGCCUUUUCUGUGUUGAUGCUCAUUGCAUGGCUCCUCUGUUUAUGGAUUAUAAUCAUACAAAAUAUAAACUAUAAUAUA